AUGUCGUCUGUCGUAAUCAGCCAAAUUCUUCUUCAAAAGUUUCAGGCACUGGGCCGCAUCGUCAGCAACGUGAAUGAGAACCAAUGCCAGAGAAGCAAAUUCCUUUUCAACCGGAAUGUUUUGGGCGGUGGUCUUGCUCAUGUUCGCAGUUAUAGUGAUUUGAAAGCGGCCGCGAUGAGAUAUGUUGACGAGUUAUUGGCUGCAUGUGCCGCAAAGCUUGAGAUAGUUUGA